AUGCUUGUUUACCGGGAUUUGCUUACAGGUAUGAUCAGUGAUUUUUUCUCCUCAACUGCCAUGCUAUAUGUCGGCAUCGAUUGGUAAUCUUGUAUGAUUGUUCGUAUGGUUUCGUCCAAGUUCACUCCAUUGAUGGCUGAUUUAGGGAAUUUGUAUUUGAUUCCCUUCUCAUUUUGGCUUUCAUUGCCUGCGAUUCUGUCCAUCCUUUCAGGGCAAAUAGCCGACGGUUCUAUUCGUUCGGUGACCUGAACGAAAAUAGAAAUGUUCGAACCCUACGUCUGGAGCUUAUUCAUUUUGGAGGGAGCUUAGCUAUGUCAUCAUCUGAUUUUUGUAACGACUUUAGAUAUUUCGUUUUAGACGCAGGUGGGUGUCAGAUACUUUGCUCGAUCGUCAAUCGCCGGAUCAUCGGUUUUAUUUGAUAUCGUCGCGUGUGACUUUGCCUUUCCAUUCGGGGGUCCCGUGAUAGCUCACUCAUACAUACCGCCGUGAGAUUUGAAAAGAAAAGAAAAAGGUUUGAGUUUCUGUCUCAGUGUUUUACUUUCCUUCUGGUCACCUUUUUAUUGUUUUUUCCUUGAUAUUUAUGGUUUCACUUUAAAAUAAAGUGGCCAUCCGAUUCCUUGCUUGAUCCUAGCUUUUUUGCGGCGUGUCUCGUCUGCGCAUGUAAUAGUGAAAUCGACAUUGUCAGAGAUGACCGGAAAUAAUCACGGGGGAUCUUCCUACGGUUAAUUUACUGUUUUUCCGCGGCUUACCAGUUUGUAAAACUUUGGUUCUCCUAUCAUAUCAUCAGUGAGAUCAAAUGUGAUAGUUGUACUCAGUCAGAAGGAACUGUAAAGCAUGGAUUACAUUGGACCAGCACGGAAUUUAUCGACACUUCAAGCAUGGAUUACAUUGCAUCAGGCCUCGCCAAGCCUUCGCAUUUGCUAUUGUUAUUACUGACAUAGUUAUUACUCUGUCUUAAAAGAUACUGUUGUAGUGUUUUGCGCUUUUAUCUUUUAAUUUCUGUGGUUAUUAAUGAUUGAUAUGGUUUAUAAAAUUUAAUAUCUAUAUAUUAUUGUAGUUUUAGUUUUUUUCAGCAUAUGCAUAUAUUUUUAACAUAUUUUGAUAUUUAAAAUAUUUCUAGAAACAUUUUACAAAAGUGGAAUCUAAUAACCUCCGAAGUUAAAUACUUUCCAGAAAUAUUUAUCCCUUUGAAUUUUAAUCAAUCAUUUUUAGAAUGAUAAAUACACUUGGAGUUGGGUGUUCGAGUUAAUCUUUUUUUGACUGUUUUGUUGCACAGAGGUGUUCAGCCUAGUUUUACACAAUGACUCCGAAUUUCUCUAUUGUUCUAUCUUCGGUCCUGUGAUCUAAAGUGGUAUGGUUUUGCAUGAAUGGAGUCAGCUACCAGGUUGAUUGAACAUUCCCCUAUAUGCUUUUGACUUCAGGUGACGAGCUUCUAUCCGACUCAUUCCCAUACAAAGAGAUUGAGAAUGGAAUGUUGUGGGAAGUUGAAGGGAAGGUCAGUUCCUCUAAAAUUGUUCAAUCAUACCGUUAAUUAGUUGAUGGUGGUGUCGGGCAUGCUGAUGGUAUUAUGUUCCUCCAGUGGGUCGUUAAAGGACCCAUUGCCGUUGAUAUUGCGGCGAAUCCAUCAGCCGAAGGGAGUGAUGAAGACGAAAUCGUUGAUGACAAGGCUGUUAAAGUCAUAGACAUUGUCGACACUUUCCGCCUUCAGGUGGUUUCCACGCAGAAGUUGUGGAACUGAGAUGUGAUUGCAUACCAAAAGUUCCAAACCCUCACGGCCUUCGUUCUCCAUUACAGGAGCAACCGUCUUUCGACAAGCGUCAAUUUGCAGCCUAUAUGAAACAAUACGCCAACAACCUGACCCCAAAGUUAGAGCAGGAGAAGCAAGAGGCAUUCAAGCAACAUAUGGAGGGAGCUACGAACUAUCUACAAUCUAAGCUGGACGACUUAAAAAUGUGAGCACUCAGAUGCCCGUUGACUUCCACCAUCUUCAACUCCGAACUUGGAGCCGCACAGACUCGAACCCGAUGAUUUUUCUCUUCUUGAGACAGCUUUGCUGGAGAGAGUAUGCACGAGAAUGGGAGCCUGGUGUUCGCCUACUGCAAGGAAGGUGCUACCGACCCCACCUUUCUGUACCUGGCCUACGGCCUGAAGGAGAUCGAAUGCUGA